AUGAGGUCGACCCUCAAGGAAAUUUUUCGGGUGGGACUUCAUGAGCCCAUCUCCUCCUUGAUGCCUGGCGGUCACAGUCCAUUCAAUCUGGCCCAAUAUAUCGUCUUUGCCCUGCAGAUCUUUGUUUCCACGUUCACUGUGUGGGAGGCGGAUACCAAGCCAGAUUUCCACGACAUGGCCGCAACCGAGCCAGAUUUCCACAACAUGGCCGCCACCGAGCCAGAUUUCCAUGUUAUGGCCGCCGCCGAGCCGGAGUCCGCUCCAGGCCAUGUCGCCGCUGAGCCGGAGUCCGCUCCAGGCCAUGUCACUGCCACGCCAGAGUCCACUCCAGGCCAUCUCACUGCCACACCUGAGUCACAUGCCAUGUCACAGCCAAAUUUCUCUGAGAAGUGGAUCCAGCACAAGGGCAGAUUCUAUGUUUUCUUGUCUGAGAAAAAGAACUGGACCAACAACAGAGAACGCUGUCAGAAUCUGGGUGGAGACCUGGUCAUCAUCAACAGCAAAGAAGAGCAGGAGUUUCUUGCAAGUCAAAUACUCAAAAUUGGUGCAAAAACAUUAUAUUGGAUUGGUCUGACUGAUAGCCAUGAAGAGGGGACAUGGUUGUGGGUGGACAAUAACCGCUUAAAGGAUGAUCUUAAAUUCUGGCCUAAUAAUUCCCCUGAUGACCACAAAGCUAUGAAUCCUCUUGGUGAAGAUUGUGUUGUAUUAAAUGGCAGAAUAAAUGAAGCACAAUGGGGGGACAUUUCUUGCUUGCGAAAAGAGUCAAGUAUUUGUGAGAUUUUUUAA